ACCAAGCCGAAUCCAGCACUAAUCUGGUAAUUUCACCCCACUUCGCCUUCCCAAACGGGCAAAACCGCGCCUUUCCAAAAACAGAAGAUAAAAACCGUCACUCUUGAGCGGAAAGCAAUGAAACUCCGCCUCUCUCACUUCCAUCACUAAACCCGAGAACUCACGUUCGGGUCCGGAAAACCCGAACCGAUGGCUUUGCGGAGCGGCUUUCCGCUGCUGUUCCAGCAGUACAAGGCGCUGCUGAGGAAGAACCUCCUGAUCUCGUGGCGGAGCAAAAGAGCCUCCUUUAUCCAGCUCUUCGCCUCCUUCUUCUUCAUCGUCCUCAUCUUCUUCAUCCAGGAGGGCCUCGAGGCUCGCAACAAGAAAUCCGCCGACUUCCGGAGCGUCAGGGACCCCAAGCCUCUGGUUUCGCCGCCGAUUCCGCCGUGCGAGCGCAAGUACUCUGUUGAAAAGCCGUGUUUCGAUUUCGUGUGGAGCGGAAAUGGGAGCGCGAGGAUUAGUAGUAUUGUCAGUGGGAUUAUGGCGAAUAAUCCGGGCCGGCCGAUUAGGCCGUCGAAGGUCAAAUCGUUUGGAACGAAAGAGGAUGUAAAUACAUGGCUAUUUAAUAAUCCUCUGCAUUGCUCAGGAGCCUUGCAUUUUGUGGAGAGAAACGCCACUGUGAUCAGCUAUGGCAUACAGACCAAUUCUACUCCUGUUAAAGCCCGGGGGCGAUAUGAAGAUUCGACAUUCAAGUUUCAAAUACCGCUUCAGAUUGCUGCUGAGCGUGAAAUCGCUAGGUCUCUGAUUGGAGUUCCAAAUUUUAGCUGGGAUGUUUCACUCAAGGAAUUCGCACACCCUAACCGGGAGGUUUCCAUUGAUUUGGCUCAACUAUUACCACCCUUCUUUUUUGCUGCUGCCAUGUUCAGUUUUGUGUUUCAAAUGUCCUCUUUGAUCACAGAGAAAGAACUAAAGCUUCGGCAGGUGAUGACAAUGAUGGGCCUUUAUGAUACUGCAUAUUGGUUCUCAUGGUUCACAUGGGACGGAAUUAUGGUACUAUUGUCAUCACUUUUCACAGUUCUCUUCGGAAUGCUGUUUCGAUUUGAUUUUUUCCUAAAGAACAGUUUUGCAGUCGUAUUCCUUGUCUUCUUCCUUUUCCAACUCAAUAUGAUUGGUUUUUCCUUUCUGCUGUCAACCUUCCUAAGGAACUCAUCUUCAUCCACAACUGUCGGUUUUGCGGUGUUUAUUGUCGGCUCUAUAACCCAGAUUGUUACAGCGUUUGGUUUUCCCUAUGAUUCAACAGACUUCAAGAUGAAAUAUCGAAUACUCUGGUCAUUUUUCCCACCUAAUCUUCUUGCCAGAGCUAUAGUAUUACUUGCUCAAGUAACAGCCAAUCCACAAGAUAUUGGGAUUAGCUGGAGUAGAAGGGCCAAAUGCCCGGCAAAUGACUAUAGUGAUUGUCUUAUGACAAUUAAUGGCAUUUAUAAAUGGCUGGUGUCGACAUUCUUCCUCUGGUUUAUAUUGGCUAUCUACUUCGAUAAUAUCAUUCCGAAUGUAUCUGGUGUGAGAAAAUCAGUGUUCUACUUUCUAAAUCCCGGAUACUGGACAGGGAAAGGUGGAAACAAAUUGAAAGAGGGUGGCAUAUGUAGUUGCAUCGGUUCAGCUCCACCAAAGGAGCAUCUUACUCCAGACGAUGAAGAUGUCCUUGAAGAGGAGAACCUUGUCAAACAACAAACUAAGGAAGGCACAGUUGAUCCGAACAUUGCAGUUCAGAUACGAGGUCUUGUAAAGACAUAUCCCGGUACCUUCAGUAUUGGCUGUUGCAAGUACAGGAGAACUAAGCCUCACCAUGCUGUCAAGGUAAUCGUAUCUGCCCCUUGGUUAUCCUCCCUUGUUUUUUACCAAGUUAUGUCUUAUGAAUUCUGUUGAUGCACAAAAUCCGGAGGAUCUUGGACCAACGUAAAUCCGGCCGUGAAUCACACAAACGCACAA